AAAAGAGUUAGUUUGGUUAGUUUAUUUUUGACAUUGAUGAAAGGAGUUGUGGACAAAAAGGAAAUAUAACAGUACAACAUAAAUUUAGAAUUAGAAAAUCCUGACAAAAUUAAAUAUCUUAUUAAGUAAUACAUCUAGUACAAAUUAUGGGGGGUGGUGCUCACGGACAUGAACCUCCAUACAAAAUUCCUGAUUACAGAAUAUAUAAAGUUAAAGAUGUUCCAGAAUUAGUUGAAACAGAAAGAGCCUUGGUAUCUCUUGGACUAAAAGAUCCUUGGCUACGCAAUGAAGUUUGGAGAUACAAUCCCAAAGAAUUUGGAACAGAAAGUACCAGGUUCAAAAGUUUAUUUUUCAGAGGAUUUAAACUUGGAUUUGGUGCCUUUGUACUCACUGUUAUCGGCACUACAAUCUAUGAUAAAAUGUACCCUAGUAAACAUGGUCAUGGACAUUAAAAAUUUAUUUCAAUUAAAAUAAUUGUGAAAGUAGAUUUUUUUGUAAAUAGAAGUACGAGAUAUUCUUUGUAUUUUAAUUCAACUUUAAAAACAUUACUGCCAUUUGAACUGUUUCACUAUAACUAUUUGCAAAAAACAGUAUGGUGAAAAUCAUUGUUACUUUUGUAAGAAAGCAUAGAAGCGUUAUAGUCAUGUUUAUCUUUAAAAAUUGCACUUAAAAUUACUAUAUACAUUACUCAUAUGCAUAUCUAAAUAAAACUGUUUCAAUUAUACGAAGAUUUUUAUAAAACUUAGAUCUUAUUUAUAUUCAAUAGAUUUCUCAUUUAUGGGUGAUAGAACUGUUUCCAUAAAAUCUUUUGUGUAUAAUAUGAUGAAUAGAAUAAGAUUUGUCAAUGACAUUACAAAUAAAUUGGAAUGUUUCUUAGCUCAAUUUAGGGCAUUAUCUGUUUAAUCUGAUUAGCUUAUUCUGGGGGUCUUCCUUCAUCAUUAUAAAAAUAACUUGAUCUCACAGAUAGACAUACUUCCCAAUACAGUUAUAAUUGUUUCGGGCAAAGUUUAACCCAAAUGAAAUGGAUUACGAGGCGUUUUGAGAGUUGAAAUAAAUAUUAGGCAAAAGUUCACGUACGGACCAGAUACAUUUUAUUUCAAAAACUGUUUUAGUAAUACGUGUACAACAUAAAAAACGUACUUCGAACAUAAAUUAAAAAUUUUUCUGAAAUUAAUUGUGUCCAUUUUUGGUACACACAGCCCCGUAGAGAGUUAAAGUCGGUUUGACUUUGUACGGGCUCAUGUGUACCAAAUUUGGACAUGUUACUUUUUUACUGAAACAGUAUGAGUAGCAAAAAAACAUUUGCUACAUAUAAAAUUAUUAAGAUCUUUGCAUGGAAUACAGUUUGUGGACACCUUUUUAGCCAUAGCCUGUGCCAAUCCAAAUUUUUUAGCAAUAUCUCUAUAGCAUGAUGAACACCUUCCACUUUGCUUGAUAUCUUUGAGACGGUGAUUAGCUUCUGUUCGUUGUGAUGUCCUGUCAUCUAGUUUAGUCAAAGCCAGUACCAGUUCUUCAAGAAAUUGUGUAAUGGACAUUUUCUCCCUUGUGACUUGAAUAAAAAGGAGAUGGGCAUUUACAACUGCCGUGUUUGUUAAUAACUCAAAAAUAAUUUUACGGUACCACUUGAUUCCUACAAAUAAACAAAUAUUAUUACACUUUGUUUUUACAAAAAUGCUUCACUUUACAAACCUUUUUGAAUCGUAGAUGCAUAUGCUGUUUUUUGGUCAGAGACAUCAAUGAAAGAUUUACUUUUAUUGUAUUCCAGUAUAGUGGAAGGUUUUUUCACAGUGCCUUUUCUUGUAACUACAUCUUGCAUUUCUGGAGCAUCUGUAGUGGUCAAGAACAAAAUAUCUCUUUUAUCCCUCCAUUUGCUACAAUUACAUUUGUGUUGCUCUGCAAUGCAGUCAUUUCUCCUCUUUUUAACCUAGCCGAUACAACAGGUAUGGAUUAAAUUUUCUUUUCGGUCUUAGAGUAACAAUUAAGUGAGUACUAGCUGUAUUUAGUUUGUGAGUGAGAGAAACACUUUUAUAAAAAUUAUCAGUUACCAGCAUUUUGCCACUAUUUAGUAAAGAUGCCGUAAGUUCCAUUACCACAUCUGUUGCAACACUGGUAGUCCCUAGUCUAGUUGAUUUUCCCCCAUAUAAUUUCAGUGUAUAAGUAUAACCACCAUCAGCACAUAGUUUGUAUACUUUGAGACCAUAUCUAUGAUAUUUAUUGGGAAUGUACUGACGAAAUCCAAGUCUAUCACAAAAUAGAAUCAUAUUCUCAUCUAUACAUACAUUUUCUUCCAAAACACACCAUUUUGAAAGUUUGUCUUCAUUAAUUCAAUAAAUGCACUUACUUUGUACAACUUAUCCUCUUUAUUGUAAUUUUCAUUGUCGGCAACAUGCAGAAAAUGGAGAAUAGAUUCAAAUCUAUUUCUGCUUAUUCCACAUUGGGUAGUAAUACCAUUUUUAUAGCAAAGGUUAUUGCUCCAAUAGUCGCGUAAUUUGGGUUUUUUGUCUAGGGCUCAUCCAAACAGUUAGCCCCAAAAAACAUUUUAGCUCUGUACACAUUAAAUCUUUCAAAUUAGUAAUCAAAGAAUGUUUUGUAAUUUUUUCGUCAAUGAUACCCUCAACUAAUUUUUGAUGAUAGUACUCAUUUGAUUCCUGAACAAGCAGAUCUGUAAUAUUUUGAUCAACGAAUAAAUAAUAAAAAUCAA